GUCACAACAUUUCAAAAACUCAUGCAGGGGGCUAGGGAUAGUCUAAAAGGCUGCUGUGUAAUUUCACGUUUUCAAGAUCAAAGAUAGGCGCAGACGGAAAAGGACUUCUGCAUCUUACAAAAAAUAACAUUCAAACGCUAUUAAUAAGAAACUACGAUCACAACUGAAUGGAUUUCAUCGGAAUGGUACCACUUGCAGAAGAGGAUGAAGCAGCAGAUCUCUCCAGAUGGAUUUGGGUCCAGUGUGAAUCGCCGAGCUGUUUGAAGUGGAGAUACAUCCCAAAACAUGAACAUUUCGACCCGGAUAAAGCAUGGUUCUGCCACAUGAACCCAGAUCCAUUCUUUAGCCAGUGCACAGUGCCUCAGGUAUCAUCCUACAAAGACUCCAUUCUCAGGAAAAAGGGGCUGAAGGUCGUCUAUUCCAAGUUGCCUGCUGGGACCUUAGUGCUGAUAAAAUACAGCAAAUGGCCACUGUGGCCUGCCAUACUGAGCCCAGAGCCCUCUACCAAUCAGUAUGUGGAUUGUGAUGGAGAUGGGGAUGUGCAGCAGUACCACGUGGAGUUUCUUGGGAAGCCUCACACAAGAUUUUGGGCUGACGCACACAAAGUGGAGUCGUUCCGACCACUACCAACUAGUGUCAAGUCUCUGAAAGGCACUACAAGGGUUUCUUAUAAAAUAGCCAUGGAGGAAGCAAUGGACAUGCGAGACCUGUCGUGUGAAGAGAGACUCCAGCUCUGCCACUUCCAACGAGAGCAGUUAUUUUCCCAGGCCCAGGGACUGAUGGAGUCAAUAGAAGGGCUGAUAGCAGAAUGUGGCAUUGACACCAAAACAAAACAGACACACCGAGGGUCCACAAAGAGAUGUGAGGAGGUAGAACAGGAAAGAAGUGAAGAAAGCGCUGUGGACGUUUUGAUCAUUGAGGGAUUCAGAUUUGAGAGUACGGCUACAAUGAAGGAAUUCCGACAGCUUGGUCUAAAGGCCCGAGGCACUGGGUCACAAACUUAAGUCUGAUCCAAGAACCUCAAAAACACCUUUGUGUUAAUUUUUAAGCGUUGCAGCUACACUAUGUCACACAGUUCCACAAAUGAGUUGAUUUGCAUUCUGUAAUUAUGGAGGUGUUUUUAAUCGAAAGAUUUUAGUUCAUAGUUUAUGAAAGCUAUUUUUGGACUUAAAAUUAGAUGUGAAAAACUUGAUAAGGUUGUGUAUUUUCUGAUUAUUUGUAUGGUUACUGUUGGCCUAAACGAGUUCUACGUUUAAAUUUGUAGAAAGCAUCAUACUCAAUAAUAUGAAUUCACCACAAAUAUUGUUCAUUUUUGCAUUUGUGUAUUUUUGCUAAUUAAAAUUACAAUGAAUUGUUCUCAUCUGAA